AUGGAUACAAUUACCAUAAGCCCACUACCAACUAUCAAGACUUUUCAUGGACAAGGAGACACGGCUAUUUCGACCGCAACGGAAGACAUCACACUACUUGCAUGUCAAUUGGUGGAGAGACUCAAUGAGCGCUCGACGGCAUUGGCGAAUGGAGCCCACUUUGAACUUGCCUUGCGCGAUGCAGCCGUUAUGCGAGUUAUCAGCCCAACAUCUUUUCUUGGAUACUUGAAAGCAGGCGAGAUUUAUCAGCAACAAGGACGACAACGAGAAGCAAUAGCCAUGUAUGAUCAAGGUCUUGUUGUAACAACAUCCUCGAGUGAUGAUCCAGGUUACACACAGCUGACAACAUGUCGCAAGGAUGCAUUGUAUGCGGAUGGCAAACGAAUCGAUUUCAUCAGCCAGCUACCCAAUGAUCUUGUUGCCACCAACAUUGUCCCAUUGCUAUUUGACGACACGGAUUUGAUGGAUCCUGAAACGCCCUGUCCUUAUCUUGAUGUAUCACCCACUUGGCAACGACGUAUACUGCAAUGCAAUCCAUUCAGCUACAGUGUCGACAUGAACUUGAUCGACAAUCCUCAUCAACCCUUGAAAUACGGCACUCACACCAAGUCAUUAUGGAUGAGCAACAUGCAAGGGCCUCCAGCGGAUCAUAAGAUGGUUGCUUUUCUUAAGCAUGAUUGGUCUCAUCUUUCCCAUUUAUUCAUCGGUUGUAUCGUUGCAAGGAACCAAAAGAAUCUGCUGGAUGGUCUUGCUUUGGUGGGGAAAACCUUGACACGUUUGAUCAUCACCAUCAUCGAUCCGCAAGUCAGCAACACAUUCAUCAGCCUCAGGGAUAUUUUGGAUACGUGUCCUCAUUUGCAAUCAUUGGAAGCAAGCGGCAUCGAUUACAAGAUACCUGACAGGUUAUCCGUGUCCUAUCCAAGUAUGACCCAUCUCAAUUUACACAGUUCACACCGACCCGCUAUUCCUUACGAGAUGAUGGUGAAUAUCGUCAGCCAUCUUCCAUCCCUUUUAUCAUUGGCUGUUUCGCCUAUGCCUGAUGUACGCCUCUUGACCAUCAUCCACAACCACUGCCCCCAGUUGACAUUGUUGUGCUAUGGAACCAAAAUGAAGUAUGAUCUCAUCUACAACGACAAGCAAGGUCUUGAGAAAUUGACUAUUGGUGAAAUCCAUGAUGAAUACAAUGUGGAGGAGGUCAUGUUUCUUCUCAAGCAACAUCAUGCUACACUACAAGAAAUCCAACUCGCUGGCGGGAUGGAUGCAUCAUGUGUUUCCCAACAUGAUGAUCCCACGCUUGAAUUCAACCAUUUACGCACACUCUCCUUUAAAUGCGACCCUGAAUUCUUUCCAUUGGCAGCAUGGAUCAUUCGUCGUGCACCUUUUAUUGAAACACUUACCAUCAUGACGGAUUUGGGAGGAGACAUGGAUCUGUUUGGCGUCGUUUCACCUAUGCAACAUCUGAAAAGCUUACGUUUAUGGGCAAUGCCACCCUACUGGGAAUCCAUCCAUCGGUUGAUCCAACAUCAUAUUCGUCUUGGCGAUGCUUCACCAAUACAAGAACUUCACCUUGCGCUUCACUAUGAGACCGAAGUAUCACCUUGGCUCCAUGCCAUUACGCAGCUGCAUCGUUUGACUUCCUUGAAGAUAUCGAUCCAGGAUAGACAUAUUCCGGAUACAUACAAAGAUGUGAUCGAUACGCUUGCAAAGGGUUGCUUAAACCUUGAGUCGCUUGAAUUCGAUUGCGAAAAUAUUGUUCCUCCUGGUAUCAUUCUUGCCUUUCAUCAACAUCCUCGUCUCCAUCGCGUCCAUGUUUCCGGCAUUGGUUUGCAUUGGACAGAUAUCCUUGGUCUCGUUACUAUCCCAAAAUUGACAUCCCUGGUGCUAGCGAUUCCUGAAUUCCCUGAUGACGUACGACAACUUUUAGAGAGCAAGAUUUCCCAUGUUGAUAUAAAGUAA